AUGACUAUUAGCUUUCUACCUGGAGAGCCUAACAGAUAUCCUAACUCUGUCUGUACCGUCAAUUGGGAUGGAAACAGAAUUUUAGCUUACUGUUCCGGAAACAACUUAAUAAUUUUACAAGAUACAUCUUACCUCAUUCAAACUAUUUAUCUCAACUCCGAUGGUAUCUCUAUUUCCAUUGAUAGAGAAUCUGGCUGGCUUGCUGUGUCACAGGAAAAUUCUGUUCAGAUAUAUGCCCCAACAAAGAGAUUUGACAAACCUCCAAAAUGGGAUAAACUAAUAGAGUUUUCUAACGAAAAAAGUCAAGGCAUUAUUACCAGUCUUUCUUGGGGAACUCAACACGAGCUUUUGACUGGCUCCAAAUACUUAAACCUUUGGGAUGUAAAAGAAACAGACUGCAAAAAACUAUGGUCUCGUGAAUUAUCAACUCAAGUUCAUACAGCAAUUUUUUCUCCCGAUAGCUCUUUUGUUGCUUCAAUUGGAUUUUAUGACCAAAAUGUCAAAAUAUGGAAUCGCCUAUCAUUUGAUCAUGACAACUUAGAUUUUGAUUUCACAUAUCUUCCUCAUAAGGACAUUGUCACUACUUUACGUUGGCGCCAGUCACUAUAUCCCAACCAAUCGAUUGCAAACACAUUAUAUACAUCUUGCGGUGACAAUUAUCUUCGCGUUUGGCAACCAACUGAUGUGUGCGAAUCAUCUACCUUAAACCUUUGCUGUGAGAUUGAUUUAUUUCAAGGGAUAGACCAUGAUCCAAAACUGAGAAGAUUUGCAUUUAUGCUUGAUAAUGGUGACCUAGCAAAAGGAAUUGAAAAUGCCAUCAUUCGUUCACAUGAUGUUCCAAGUUCAUCCAUAAAACGAAUUACAGAUUUGGCACAGAUCUCGCCAGAUUUAUGUGUUAUUUUAACAGAAGAAAAUAAGAUGGAUGUCUAUACCGUCGAAAAUUUGGGCCACAAGCAUGAUAAAAGCGUUUCCAUCAAACCUUUUGUAAAAGAUCUCAACCUACCUUCAAGAUUUCCCAGCGAUGCAAGACAUUUGACUUUUUUUUCAUUUUUUAACUCCACUUUCACUAAAGACGCCAAUGACACCCGACUAAAAGAUAUUUCGAUCAUAGUUCACGAUUAUCGUGGUGUUCUUUUACAUUAUACUGCUUUCAUUGAUAGAAUGCUUGAUCCCACAGUUACCAAAAAACAUUGGUCACUUAAUGCAAUCCUUACAGGUCAUAACAAAUCAGUGCAACGACUUUUUAGAACAGCUAAUGGUCAACAUUUGCUCUCUAUUAGCAGAUUUAACGAGAAUUAUGUUUGGAAAAUACAUAAGCUUGAAGGUUCAGUUACUCUGCAACGGUGUUCGCUUGUUCUUACUGAUGCAAACAAAUCUAUUAAGAGAGCAACUAUUUUGGGGAACGGUGAUUAUCUUUUGACUAUUUUACAAGACAGUAUUUGCUUAUGGGACUGCAAACGUUUCAAUGCUUCUAAAAUAUCUGAAAAACCUUUAAGAUCUAAGCAAGAAGCCAUAUUGCUAUUUGCAUUACCUGGAAGUGAAAAUGUACUUGAUGGACAUGGAGUUGUUGCCAUUUACCCUGAUAAAACCGGUCAUCUUUGGAAGAUAUCCUUACCCAAGAGCAACUCCCAAAAUACUGAUAAUGGAGAUAUGAUUAAAGAUUUAGGCACUUUCAAACUUCCAUUAGAAGAUGAUAUGUUAACUGCUGUUAGAGUAGACCCAGUGAGCUGGAAUGCUACAUUGAACUACAGCAAGGAACCUAGCCAAAAUGUUGUCUUUGCUACAAUGUCCCCUUCUGGAGUAUUUAGAAGUUGGUCGGCAUGCUUGUCUAAAGAUGAAGUUGAGUGGUUAGAAAUCGACUUAGUUGAAACUGGAAUACAAAAUGCAUCGAGAGUAGAAGUUUCUUCGAUUAACAAAGUUGCAAUUACAUGCUCUACCUCUUUCAAUUUAAGCAUUUGGGACAUGAAAAAUCAAAUGCUUGAAUUUGAGCAGCGAUUUGAAUCUCCCAUAUCAGAUUUAGAUUGGACUGGAACUCCGGAUUCUCAAGGGAUUUUGGCUGUUGGUCUUUCUUCUGAAGUUAUUCUUUAUUCACAACUUCGUUUUGAUUAUACCAACAAAACUCCAUGCUGGACACCAGUUAAAAAAAUCGAUAUUUCUAUGUAUACCACUCAUGGAAUUGGUGAUUCGAUAUGGCUAUAUGGAGGUAGUUUGGCUAUUGGUGCUGGUAACCAGUUUUUCAUCACUGAUCCCGAAGUUCAUAUUACCGAUACUAAUACCAAAAUAUUGACGGGUUCUACUCGAGAUAAAUCGAAACAAACAACUCAUCACAAUGGCCUAUUUGAAGUUUGCGCAAUUCUUAAUGGCCCUUUACCGGUUUAUCAUCCUCAAUUUUUAAUCCAGUGCUUAUUCGCGGACAAACUUGAUAUGGUUAAAUGGAUAUUAGUUCUUCUUUUACAAAAAAUCAAAUUUGGAGUUGUUUUAGACAAUAAUGUCAUUGAUAUUUCAAGCAAUUUAGAUCUUGAACCAGAAAAGGUCUUGGAUCUCAUGAAAGAGAAGACAGAGAAAAAGGAGCAUUUUUCAGCAGUUCCCACAUCCUCGAUUGAUGACCUCCAAAAAUUUGAUUCUUCUGUCGCCGAGCAGCUGCAAGAAUGGCUUCAAAAAGUAUCUUUGCCUUUUUUAACCCAACAUCAACAGAUAACUCUUGCAAGUGUAAUCGAAGGGGUUGCAAAAGUUCAAGAAAAUUUGCGUUCUAUUGACGCAAAUGGUAUCAAAUUUCUUCUUGGGUACAGACUGUUUUUAAUUCAUAGAGGCGUCCAAGAGUCAAUGAAUAUUAGAGAUUUCAACUGGGCUCUUCACAGUGAAUCGCAAGAUAUUCUUUUUGAUCUCAUUAAAGGAAAUUCUGAUACUAAAUUUAUGUGGCCUGUCGCCAGAGACACUGGUAUGGCUUAUUGGCUUAGGACAGAUAAACUUCGUGAAGUAUUUGAGCUUCUUGCCCGAAACCAUUUCAUUCAAAAUAACAGAGACCCCACCAAGUGCUCUUUAUAUUAUUUUGCACUGAAGAAAAAACAAGUGCUUUUGGGUCUUUGGAGAACUGCAUCUUGGCAUAAAGAACAAGUAAAAACCAUGAAACUUCUUGCAAAUGAUUUUAAUACUGAGAAGUAUAAAAUAACUGCACAAAAAAAUGCGUACGCUUUGUUAGGAAAACAUCGGUUUGAAUAUGCUGCAGCUUUCUUUUUGCUAGGCGACUCUCUUCGAGAGGCUGUUAAUGUCAUCGCCAAAGAUAUGAAUGAUAUACCACUUGCAAUUGCAAUUGCACGAGUUUAUGGGGGUGAUGACCAUGAAGCUUUUAAAGGACUUUUACAGCGUUAUGUUUUACCAAAGGCUGUGCUGGAAGGAGAUCGCUGGACUACUAGCUGGGCCUUUUGGAGGCUAGGUGAUCGUGAAUCAUCCAUUCAAGCACUUGUCAAAUCUCCACGGGAAAUCUUGGAUAAAUGUCAAGAUUCAAUUCAAAUGGCAAAAGAAGACUGCCAAGUUCUUGACAACAAGUCGUUUUUGGUUGACGAUCCAGUUUUGAUAAUGCUUUAUCGAAACCUUCGCAAACAAAACCUUAAGAAUUUACUUGGUGCUGUUCAACUAAAGCCUCGAGAUGAAUUUAACUUUGUUCUUAAGACAGCGAGCAUAUACAGGCGAAUGGGAUGCGAUAUUCUGGCAUUGGCAUUAGUGACAAAUUGGACUUUUAUACUGGAUAAAGCUGCUUUGUUAGGAAAAAUCACUGUGCCAACAUCUAUUGCAACUACCCCCAUUGACCAAAAAGAUUCGCCAAAUAUCUCGUUAUUGAAUUCACAAAGUGGAUCUAUACUUGACAAUAAAAAGCUUCGAGAAGCAGUUGCAGCUCGAAGAAACUCCUUAUUUGGAGGAAAUGCAGCAGCCAUGGCAGCGUUUGCGGCGGCAGCAGCAGCUCCAUUACCCGAAGUAUCAAAUGGAACAGCAACUGGUCAAGGGAAUGACGGUGGAACUAAAACGGAAUCCAAUGAGAAUAACCCUUUCAAAAAUUUUAAGCCAGCACCCGCUGUUGCGUUCAAAGAACCUGAUAUGAGUGCUUUUAAAUUUGGUUUUUAA